AUGACGACGAGGAAGUUACUUCUAUUCCUGGGGCUCGCCGGAUUGAGCCUCCAGCAGAAAGACAUAUUGAAGGACUUUUGCCGGCUCUGGGGACACCAGACGGCUGUGAUCGAUCGCAAGCUCUAUAUCGAUGGCGGCUUCGUGAACUAUAACCCUCUGAGUGAAUAUCCCGACAAUGCCACAAAUACGGCCUUGCUCUACGCGGACUUCGAUGUCAACAAUCAGGGUAUGCCGGCGGUAUACAACAAUCUGACAAAACCCACCGACGCGCCUGAUGUCAACGGAGGAAUUCUAUGGCCCGACACCGUCAACAAGAUGAUCUACCUCUACGGUGGCGAGUACUCCCAGGGUACCCCCAGCAACUUCUCGUUAUGGUCGUACGAUGCCCUCUACAACAGAUGGCAAACGGUCAGCGCCGAUAGCACACAGGCAGGUAUCAAAAGGGCAAGCUACGGCGCUGGAGUAACGAUACAAGAUCGUGCGGUCGCCUUCUACUAUGGUGGAUGGCUAUCGAAUACGUCGGUCCCCAACUGGGGAUCGCAGUCUUCCAGGGCUUUGUCGACUAUGCUUCAAUACGACAUGCUGCAGAAUACGUGGACGAAUUCUUCGGGUCCGGACACGAUCGGUCGCGCCGAAGGGUCGAUGGUAUAUAUCCCAGCAAGUGACGGCAUGCUGGUGUACAUUGGAGGCGUGCAGUCCGCAAAUAAUGGCACUACCAUCGGCCAGCCUAUGGAUGAGAUCUUGCUCUAUGACAUUUCGGGUGGUAAGUGGUACACUCAAAAGGCGACCGGCGACGUACCAGAUCAACGGAGAAAAUUCUGUGCCGGCGCAACCUGGGCUGAAGAUUACUCCUCGUAUAAUAUUUAUCUCUACGGUGGCCUCGGGGCUCCAGAAGGGCUUGGCUUUGAUGAUCUCUAUAUUCUGACCUUACCGUCUUUUCAAUGGAUCAAAUGGUAUCCGAACGGUACCGACAGCGGUUAUCCCAAGAAUUCAAUGUCCUGCACUGUUGUAGAUGGCGCCCAGAUGCUUGUGAUGGGCGGUACGAAGCCAAACGACACGGACUGUGAUAUCCCUGCGAUAUACGGAAUGCACAACGUGUACCUCGGAAAGCAAAAUCCCCAGGAUGCGAUAUGGGCACUGUUCAGACCCAACCUCACGAGCUAUGAAGUUCCGUCCGAGAUUAUCUCCGCGGUUGGAGGAUCUGCCACAGGGGGCGCCAAUACCACACAGCCCGCGGACGGCUUUGAUAACCGGGACCUGUCGGUUUUCUUCACGCGCACAUACACCGCUGCUACCCGCGCACCCACACGCACGAUCCCAACCUCCGAGUCAUCCAGUGGUUCAAAGUCUAAGCAUGUAGGCGCGAUUGUGGGUGGUGUCGUAGGCGGCGUCGCGGGCGUAUCCCUACUGGCUGCGCUUCUGUUCUUUUACCUGCGGCGGAGGAAGAAGAACAGUGUACCGACCGAAGUGGAACAAACACAACAAGACGUGAAAGAUCCGGCAGCAGCCGCCCUUGUCGGAGGCACCGGACAAGAUGACUCGAGGCGCAGUGAGCUCGCGGGAGGAUACCCCGGGCAACAGGAAGCCAUGAGAAGCGAGCUGCCUGCUGAAGUCGCCGGGCAACGACAGUCUGCGAGAAGCGAACUCGGCAGCUCCGCUCUCGUAGAGUUAGAGGGAGAUAUCGCGCCCUAUUCACCUACCUCGCCUACCUCGCCCCCUAGCUCUCCGCCACCAUCCCACCCUCUCUCCCCUACUUCUCCACACCGCGGAUCUUGA